UUUUCCGGCUGUGGAGGGUUUGGCCUGCUGCUUGGGCUUCCGUGCGCUUCGGGGACCGCACUCGCCAGUUCCGGCCCCGCGGGGAGCCUCCGGAUCUCUCGGGCUCUCAGUUUUCCAGACCUGAGGUGUUUUCCAGUCAAAGCAAAGAGAAGAUUUGUGGCUGUUGAAUAUGCAAGGAGCUGAAGAGAGAGAGAGUGGAAGAGAGACCAGCCCAGGUUUGAAGAACAGGCCUGCUCCAGAGCAAGAAGUCUCUGAAAUUGAUUCUCCAGGCAUAGUAGCACAGAGAUUCCAAGAGGAUGAACACCAAGAUUCGAUAUUUGUAGAAAAAUAUGCAUGUGAGGGCAUGAAGGAAAACCCUUCCAGAGAGCUUCCCAGGCCAUGCCUUUUCCAGGAAGGAGGCUUUGGGGGAAUAACCUUCGUACACAAGGAAACAACUCCUAAAAUAACUAGCCAAGACUAUAACCUCGAGAAAAGCUUGCUUUUGACCUCAAGCCUUGUUACACGUCUCAGGGUUUCCACAGAAGAGAGCCUGCAUCAGCGGGAGACAGCUAGCAUAUACACCAAUGAGAUUUCAGACCAAAGUAAAUGCCCACCCCUCUCUACCCAGAAAAAAUCUUGGAAAUGUAAUGAAUGUGGAAAGACCUUUACUCAGAGCUCAUCCCUUACCCAACACCAGAGAACUCAUACUGGGGAGAGACCUUACACGUGUGAGGAAUGUGGGAAAGCCUUUAGUCGUAGCUCAUUCCUUGUUCAACAUCAACGGAUUCACAAUGGAAUGAAACUGUAUGGAUGUGAGCAGUGUGGGAAAGUGUUUCGAUGUCGAUCAUUUCUUACUCAGCAUCAGAGAAUCCACACUGGAGAGAAACCUUAUAAAUGUAAUGAAUGUGGGAAUUCCUUCCACAAUCAUUCGCAUCUCACUGAACAUCAGAGAAUUCACACUGGAGAGAAACCUUACAAAUGUAACAGAUGUGGGAAGACAUUCCAUCAGAACACACACCUCAUUCAACAUCAGAGAAUUCAUACUGGUGAGAAACCUUAUUUAUGCAAUAAAUGUGGCACUUUCUUCCGGAAACACUCAAAUCUUAUACAACAUCAGAGAAUUCAUACUGGGGAAAAACCCCAUAAAUGUGACGAAUGUGGGAAAACCUUUCAAACUAAGGCAAACCUCUCUCAGCAUCAGAGAAUUCAUACUGGAGAGAAACCCUAUAAAUGUAAGGAAUGUGGAAAAGCUUUCUGUCAGAGCCCGUCCCUUAUUAAACACCAGCGAAUUCAUACUGGAGAAAAACCCUAUAAAUGUAAGGAAUGUGGCAAAGCUUUUACUCAGAGUACCCCACUCACUAAGCAUCAGAGGAUUCAUACAGGGGAGAGACCCUACAAAUGCAAUGAGUGUGGUAAAGCUUUCAUUCAGAGCAUCUGCCUUACUCGGCAUCAGAGAAGUCACACUGGAGAAAAACCCUAUAAAUGCAAUGAAUGUGGGAAGGGCUUUAAUCAGAAUACCUGCCUCACUCAGCAUAUGAGAAUUCACACUGGAGAGAAGCCCUAUAAAUGUAAGGAAUGUGGGAAAGCCUUUGCACAUAGCUCAUCUCUCACUGAACAUCAUAGAACCCACACUGGUGAGAAGCUCUAUAAAUGUAGUGAAUGUGAGAAAACCUUCCGCAAGUAUGCACACCUUAGUGAACAUUACAGAGUUCACACUGGCGAGAAGCCUUAUGAAUGCAUUGAAUGUGGGAAAUUCUUCAGACAUAGUUCAGUCCUUUUCAGACAUCAGAAACUCCACAGUGGUAAAUAAUCUUGGCAUUUUAGGAAUGACAGCUUCUCUAGAGAGUGACUAGGAAUAUGGCUGUGGGGAAGAGGGGCAGAUAGAGUUCCUGGAUGGAGGGAGGAAGGAAUCUUUGCUACUGUGCUCGGAGAAGAAUAUUUCCAGAAAUGGAAGUGGGAGCUUGGAGAAUGCAGAGCCUAUGAUGGGCAUCUGGGAAUACAGGGUAGAAAGGAAGUUCCUGCUUUUCUUAUAAAGCCUUGCAGAUUGCCACUCCUUCAUACCCAUGUACCUUGUACUUUUAGCAUUUGUUAAGCUAGCACUUGUGUUUCCUUUACUACACCCCUACCCCCCAUCCCGCCUUGUUACUCCUGUUCACUGGCCGGUUGGUUGAGGUGCUUUUCCAAAUACUUCUUGUCAGUCUGAAAGUGGCAACAGUUCUGAGGUAGUUCUAAGCAGCCUUCAGGUGUUUGAGGCAGCUCUCUCUAUGCUGCUGGGGGAGGCUGCCUGACCUGUAGAGUGCAGCAGGAGGUGGUCCUGUGAAUGGAAAAACAGAACAAGUGAAAAACAAGAAUCCAUAUUCAGUAAUUUAAGUAAUAAGGGAAUGUGACAAGAACUGGGCUGAUCCCUGCAGAUAUGCUGGUGAAGAAGUCUUAGGGUGAGAAAUACCUUUCCUGAUCUUUUCAAGCUUUAGAGGAAUUUAGGAUUCAGAAGGAAGUAGGAGGUCAAGAGAGACUUCAGUGAUGCUAGCUUGUGGGAAGGGAGAUAUAUCUGCUCAGAGGGACAGGGAGAAGAAGGCCCAACCACUGUACCAGAGGGCUACUGGCUUACCACGGGAGAAUAGGUCUGUGCUAAGCCAUUGCUGAUAAGGCCUUGGAGGAGGAAGCCUGUGUGUGACAGAGCAAAGUACCAACAUAUUCCUGCCCCAGGAAUUUGGUGGGGCCACUGGUUUGUAGCCAGGGCAGAGAGACCCGCUAGGAGUAAAAAGUCCAUACAAAGGGGGACUCAAUUUGUUGGCCACUAGGGAGGAGAAAACAUUAGUGAAGAAGGCCCUUUAGGUUGGCUGGAGUUGAGGUGGCGGGCUGCUGGGCCAGUCCCAAAGAGAGUGUUGACAGCUGAAGCUGGGAGGGCUGGGUUUCCUGUAAUUAGGCCAUUGGUUGCUGCAAUCAUAGAUUUUAUAUUCUUGUACAUUCAUAUUCAAGAAUAUUACUUGAAGGUUAGGAGUAUUUAGGUAAACACUUAGAAAUGAAUUUGGAAAGACUUUUAGAAUUACCUGCUUUUAAAUUCCCAAAAAUCAAUAGCAUGGUUUGCCACCAACUGUGAUAUUUUAUUCUUUUGAGAAAAAGGGCAUGGCUUCCCCUGUAUUUUCUGAAUCUCUUUCAUGUUCUUUACUGCUAUCCAGGGACUGAGCUCUGGAAGACUGAGGAUAGCAUUUGGUAUUUGAAAUAAAGUUUCUUAGCUCUGAGGCUUAGACAGUUUUUAAAGUAUGACUUUUAAAAUCAACUAAGUUGAUUCUGGAAUGGUUGGUUGCUUGGAAUUGAGUUUUGAUUUUCCAGAGCAACUCUCACGUAAGCAUUGUUUUUGUCCACUAAUUUCCAUUAAUGGGAAUGUGACAAAAAUAAUUUAUACAGUAUUCCUCUCUUGCUGUGAAGAUUAUGCUCUGAAAACCUGCCAUAGAGGAAUUCAUAAUUGAGGAAAUUAGUAUUUGUGGGGAAAAAAUAAUCCUAUGAAAACUUUAUGCUCAUGAAAAAGUAUGUAUGUACAUUUUCUACUAAAAGUAAAUGUCAAUAUCUAUAUUCUUAAGUGAAAUAUGACACUAUAGGGUUAAUUUCUGGCACAUAGUAAGUGUUCAGUAAGUAUUGAGUUAAUGUAUUUUAAUCAACGCUUGCCCACCAAAACUUCUUAUUAACUUUCUUGAUAUAUAGGUCUUUACUUAGUUAUAUUUAUACACUACUAUCUUUGGAAUCUUGAGUGGAAAGGAGAAUAGAGGGGGGUUUUGGGGGGAAGAAAUGAAAAAAACUUAAGGGUAGAAGCUGUCUCUAAGUUGUUGUAGGAAAGAUUUUCUAAAAGGGAAGGAAUAUGACACUGAGUCUGUAAUCCUCAGGCUAAGGGAGUCUGGCACAUGUUCCCAUGCUGGGGAAACAGGAAAGGAAAGAAAGAACUCAUUGCUCCUUUGCACUGCCCUCACCUCAUAUUCUCACUGUUGCACAUAUUUGCCAUCCUGAUUUUCUCUCACUUGCUGGCCCAUCAUGCACCUUGUCACUCCAGCUGGGCCCCAAACCUAGGAAUUGCCCUCUCCCUCAAUCUUCCCUCUUAGUCUUCACAUCCAACCAACAACUGUACCCUGUUGACAUUAUCUCCUAAAUCUGGACGCCAUUUCCACUGCUUUGCUUUAGGUCAGGUCCUCAGAGUUUACUUCCUAGACUGUUUUUCUGUUUUCCUAACCAGUCUUCCAGUCUCUUGGCCCAUUAGGUCAUCUGCAUUUCGUUCUGGUGAUCUUUCUAAGACAUAACUCUGGCAGCUCUCUUCUCUCUUAAAAUAAAGCCACAUGCCCUUAAAGAGUCAUCUGAGACUCCUCAUUUGGCCUGUGCUACAUCUCCAGCCUCAGCUGCCAUUCUCUGCCUUGCGUGUUCUGUUCCAUAGUGCAAAUUCCUUGUAAUUCUACAGUCAGACUCUGUACUUCAGUGCCUUUGCACAUACUGUUCCUCUUGCCUUAGAUUCCAUUCCUUGCUCCUCCUUGCCUGGAAAACUCAUUUGUCCUGUAUAAAUAUGCUCAGGCAACACCUUAAAGCUGUCUCUAAUGUCAUUUACUUUGUAUUCUGUAUUAUUUUUGUAUUGUAAGAUUUGUUUACAGAUCUUCCUCUUCCCACUGGACUGUUAGCUCCAUCGAGAGAUGUGAUAUUUAUUCAUCUUUGUGUCCUCAAUGGCUGGCACUUAUAAGGUGCUCAAUAAAUAUUUGUUAAACUCAACUAAAAUAUUGAGUCAGACAUUUCUCCAUGCCAGCCAGCAGUUUGUGAUGUGGACCCAGUUACCAUUAAAAAGCAUAUACGGUGAGUGUGUAUGGCCAUGACGUGUUUGCUAGGAGGAAGAAUUCUGAUCCUUUCCCCAAGAUACAGUGUGUGGUUGUAUUAAGUAGAGGACCCCAUAAGAAAAAGUGUUUUGUAGAAAAAAAACAGAUCAGGCAUUUAAAAGUACAAUCACAGUUUCACAAUGUGCUUUCACAUGUAAGUUGAUGUCAG